AUGUCUCCACCCCAGCCUGUUGGUCGUCACGCCCAGCCGCCCCACGGACAAACCUCGGAGGGUGUCCCCUAUCGGCCGGUGUUGCCCGCCCGAGAGGUGGAGACAAAACCAGCCUCUUCGAGGAGAGCGGUGACACCAGCACAACCGGACAAAGUGUCAUUCGUGCCGGGGCUUCGUCCCACUUGGGCACUGUUCAACGGCAUCUCCAACCAAUGCCGACCGCCCCGUCUCGAGGCGAGACAGCACCGGUCGGAUUCAACAAGAAGACAAACAAAAUCGCGUGCAUCUGUCAUGACGACACCAGAGCGGGUUCUUCCAAGCUGCCCGAAAUCAUACAAUCAGUCGUCCCCCUCCUCUGACAUAGCAUCACACUACAAAACCCGUUGCCAGCGAGCAGUCAAGGCGACAGCGAUGCCGAGUCUGAAGGGUAUGACAACAGCCAGAGACCGAGGAAAAAAGGAAAAACGUAUAAGUACGUCUGUACGUGUUUCGCUUGUCAUCCAUUGCAUCUGUGAGUCUGUGCUUGCGAAUUUUACUGGUAUACAUAUCCAUUUAUCUAUCUCAAUGUCUAUCCAUAUUUUUGAGUAUGACCUAAUUUACUGUAUCCCUGUACAUUUUAUUUAUCGGCAUUUCUACUCGUUGGUGUCCGUGUUAGUUUCACACUUUUUCUACGUAUCCACCCCGUCUGUCUCCGCGUCAGUUUGCAUAGGCAUGCCUACAGGCCUAUUUAUCUGUGCCUAUCUUGCCGUCGAAGUGGAGUGGAGCAGACUAAGCUGUUUGCAUGUCUAA